AUGCUACUGCCCAAAUACUUACAGGACAAAAGCGUCUACGUCUACAGUUGCGAGAAAGCCGGCCGCGCCCGGCACCUCCGCUGCGAGAAGUAUGGCGUGGGGCUGAUCCGUUUCCUGCACAACGACAGGGAUUGCGCAGUGGCGGCUUCCAGGAACGAGGCCGACCACUUGCUCAAGUACUGGGACUUCCACGACAACAAGUACCUGCGACUCUUCCGCAGUCACACGGCCAGGGUUACUUCGGUAAGCCCUCAUCCCUACGAGGACCUCUUUCUUUCCGGGGCCGAGGACCGAAGCGUGCUCCUGUGGGACUUGCGCCAGGAGCGCCCCGUGGCCAAAAUUAAUGGCCAAGGCCCAACGGUCGCCAGCUUCGACCAGCAGGGCCUAGUCUUUGCCGCGUGCGUGGGCCAGCCGAAGCUUCACCUCUUCGACACACGCAACUACGCGAAAGGUGAGUUCACCUCCUUCGACCUGCGACCACAUGUGACGGACCAGGCGCAGACUGUCCAGUUCAGCCCCUGUGGCAAGUACCUCCUCGUGCGCACUCGGUCACAGAUGGUCCUGAUCGAUGCCUUCGACGGCGAGAUGAUUUGCGAGUACCCUGCAGAGACAGGAGCAGCAGGAACUUCGGUGCCCAGCUUCUCCCCAGAUUCCCAGUAUGUCAUCAGUGGAGAGGGCAAUGGUGACGUGUGCGUCUGGGCCACGACCAAUGCGCGGCUGGUGCACAAGUUGGAGGGUCACACCACGCAGCCAGCCCGUGCGCUCUUCAGCCCAGCCCACGCGCUGGUGGUCACCGCGGCCGAGACGCUGGCCUGGUGGAUUCCGGAUACGACCACCUCCUGA